AGUUGACUACCCUCGCUUUCAGAUCUGUAAACACAUCGGCAGCUUUUAACUGACAUCCUGACUGAGGAAACUUUGGGAAGCUGUCAUCCAGCCGGAGCCAUCCGGUACCUGAGGACUGGACUGUUUCUAUGAGGUUUUAAAGCUCUUCUUCCUGGAUUCAUCCUUUUCAGCUCUUUUUUCUGAGCAACUGGAUCUAAAAAAUAACUGAGGAGAGAUGGGACCUCGUACUGCAGUUGCUCCUUCUAAGGAUGUGAAAGUGGUCCCAGGUGGAGGUCAGGGUGGAGCUCGGCUGAGGAGCAGCAGUGAUGGAAGCAGAUACAGCCGGAGAGGAACUGGCAUCCCCAGCUCAUCCUCUUCCUCCUCUCUGGUGCUCUCCAACCCCAAAUCAGUCCUGAAGAGACCAGUGAGCACAGAGGAGCUGCAACAACCAGGAUCACCGUACAUCAAGAAAACCUUUACAAUUGUGGGUGAUGCAGUCGGUUGGGGGUUUGUGGUCAGAGGAAACAGGCCAUGUCACAUCCAGGCUGUGGAGCCCUGUGGUCCAGCUGCUGCUGCAGGGAUUAAGGUAGGUAUAGUUAGUAAAUCACUUUAUUUAUCCACUUACAAGGAGUUAAAUAGGAUUUUGAGACUUUCUGUGGAGAUAAAGUAACUGUUUUUUGUUGUGUUCUUAGUGGGUUUUUUUUCUGCUGCUGUCAUGUGACCAAAAAAAUCUGUUGCUU